AUGGACAAAUCCCUCGUCUCCAAGGCCACUGCCGACUCCGCCGAACCCACGCCGGGCUACAUGUUCAACGAGAUUGCGCGCAUCACACACGCCUCUGUCGACGCGUGUCUGCAGCUGGAAAAUUUCCUGCUCAAGCGCCUCAAGAAGGACUCUGUGCACGUCAAGCUCAAGGUGCUGCGCGUCAUCAAGCACUGCUGUCAGCACGGCCACGCCACCUUCCGCCGCGAGAUGCAGCGGCACACGACCGACAUCAAGGAAUGCCUGAGCCACCGGGGAACAGCCGAUGCGCUGCACGGCGACGCGCUCAACAAGGCGGUGCGCGACGCGGCGCAGGAGACGAUGCAGGCCAUCUUCGAGACGUCGACGGCGAGC